AACCGAAACACCGUCUCCGAGAAAGACGCACAAAACCUCUCACAAUAUUUGAUGAUCAUCAUCAUCAUCGUCAUAACAAAGCAGCGUUUCAUGCGUCUUCCACGGGCAAGACCUUUUUUCUGAGUGUUUUUAAGUCUGAGGACUGAGGUCUGAGAGCAUGUCUGAUGGGAGUACUGCUAACAGUAGCUUCCUAAGCAAAUCGUCUGGAGUCGAAGUCCCCAAUGAAGAAUCCGAACCCAUCAAGCUUCCCCCCUCCUUGACCCUCACGCCUGUUUCCAACACCACCGCCCCACAGACCACCAACACCACGACUUCCUCCUCAUCGUUCAUGGUCUCGCCGCCCAUUUUCAGACGAUCGAGUUCAAGUGGCAGCUCCACGUCCCGCCUUCUCUCCCACCCUCCGCUGCCUUCGCCCUCUAUGCUCUUGCAUGAGAACAACACGCCCACUCCGGUGAUUGUGGAUAAGCUAUUGAGCGUUCUGCCAGACACGCCUUUUCACUUGAAUCCGUUCGACGAGGCCUUCAAGCACAGCACCCGGAUAUUGACCUCCACUCAAGUGUCGCAUGAACCUCAUGAAGAUGCAUUGCAUACACCUAAACUCAAUUUAAUCCCGGAAUCACCCAAGCUUGUGCCGGUCAAUCCCGUCACCACUCUUCCCUUGAUAACUAAAAGGGACCCUAUCCCUCCCGCUUCUCGAAAAAUCCGACCUAUUGCUCCUUUAAAGACCGAUUUAAUCAGUGAAGUGUCCUCGGCCAAAGAACCUUCAUCGGCCCAAUUGCUCUUGAAAUUCCCCACGGGAGAGUCGAUCCAUUUGUCAGACAUGCCCGUUGUGUUAAGCACCUCGACUAGCUCAGGCCCGUCCAUUUCAGACACGAGAAAACCGGUGAGACAGAUGUUGAAAAAGUCCAUCGCCCGGAAGCGAGGUAUAGAAAUGACAGAUCCGGACAAUGUGGAAGUGCCCAAGAUAAAGAGUCAGAUAUCCGAGGAUGAAGAGAAAAGGCGACAGAUCCUGGAGCGAAACCGAGCUGCGGCACAACGAAGUCGUAACAAAAAGCGUCAUGAGGUCGCCAAGACCCGUGAAAGCAUGGACAAGUACAAACUAACCAUUCGUGAAGUCAUGGCGCAAAAUGAACGUCUUAUGGUGGAAUGUCAAUGGCUGAAAUCGCUGCUCGAAAAGCAUCUGGAUUGCUCCGUCACCAAAGCCCUAAAUCAAAGAGAACUUCUCGAAAAAGAGAUUCGUCCCAAAAUAGUCGCCUUACCCGCCGAUCCUGAGAACAAAGGUCAACCAAUCGAGAUCCCAUUGAACUUGAUACAAGCCUCCAAGCAAUCGAAAGCGGUGGUUCUAGUCAAAUCCCAAGGACAAAAAGCUAUUUCAGAUGCAGCUAUGAAAACGAAUGAAUAAAUCUUUGCCAUUAUGUUUGGCAAGUAUUAGUUACAUCAUAUGUGAUUGUUAAUCCCUAUCGAUGGAUUUUUUAUCUUUUAGA